CUGCUGCUGAGGGAAGCGCGGAGGCACCCAAGAUGGCCCCUGCUGCAGAGGCGGCCCUGGCCGACGCAUCCGCCGCCGCCACUGCCGAGGGCCAGAGGGUGGGCAAGGCGGCCGGGGCCGAAGAGAGCUCGCUGCUGCCACUGCUGCUCCUGGGCCAAGACGAGGUGGGCGCCACGGCCGCGCCUGUGCUCCGCAGCUGAGAGGAGCUGCCGCCGCCGUGAGGUUAUAUUUCACACUAUGUGCUGAUUGUCUGUACUUACAGAAGAUAUUUAAAACAUUUUUUUUAAAAAAUUGAUUCCAGUGGAAUCUGCUUUAGAUUUUGUCUUGUGAAGUAACACCUGAAGCAAUGCCUGUACAAGCUCCACAAUGGACGGAUUUUCUCUCCUGUCCUAUUUGCACACAAACGUUCGACGAAACAAUCCGGAAGCCCAUCAGCCUGGGCUGUGGCCACACAGUAUGCAAGAUGUGCCUGAACAAGCUCCACCGCAAGGCAUGCCCCUUUGACCAGACCACUAUCAAUACAGAUAUCGAGCACCUUCCUGUGAAUUCAGCUUUGCUGCAACUUGUGGGUGCUCAGGCGCCUGAACAACAGCCAGUUACUCUACAUAGUGGGGCUGAAGAUACCAAGCAUUAUGAAGAAGCCAAGAAAUGUGUGGAAGAACUAGCAUUGUACCUGAAACCACUCAGCAGUGCAAGAGGUGUGGGACUGAACAGCACCACUCAGAGUGUACUCAGCCGUCCCAUGCAGCGGAAGCUUGUGACAUUAGUUCACUGCCAGCUAGUGGAAGAAGAAGGACGAAUCAGGGCUAUGCGUGCAGCACGUUCACUUGGAGAAAGAACUGUCACAGAGCUCAUCCUUCAGCAUCAGAAUCCCCAACAACUCUCUUCUAACCUUUGGGCUGCAGUGAGGGCCAGGGGCUGCCAGUUCCUUGGACCAGCAAUGCAGGAGGAAGCCCUUAAAUUAGUUCUUUUGGCUUUGGAAGAUGGAUCUGCUUUGUCUCGAAAGGUCUUGGUUCUGUUUGUGGUACAGAGGUUGGAACCACGAUUUCCUCAGGCUUCUAAAACCAGCAUUGGGCAUGUUGUCCAGCUUCUUUACAGAGCCUCUUGUUUCAAGGUGACUAAGCGUGAUGAGGAUUCCUCCUUGAUGCAACUGAAGGAAGAAUUCCGAACAUAUGAAGCCCUGAGACGAGAACAUGAUUCCCAAAUUGUGCAAAUUGCUAUGGAGGCUGGUUUGCGCAUCGCUCCUGAUCAGUGGUCCUCAUUACUAUAUGGAGACCAGUCCCACAAAUCUCAUAUGCAGUCUAUUAUUGACAAGUUGCAGACCCCAGCCUCUUUUGCACAGAGUGUUCAGGAACUAACCAUUGCUCUUCAGAGGACUGGUGACCCAGCUAAUUUGAAUAGACUUCGACCCCAUCUAGAACUUCUAGCAAAUAUUGAUCCCAGUCCAGAUGCCCCACCACCAACAUGGGAACAGCUUGAAAAUGGACUGGUUGCUGUGCGUACUGUGGUGCAUGGAUUGGUUGAUUACAUCCAGAAUCACAGCAAGAAAGGAGCAGAUCAGCAGCAGCCUCCUCAACACAGCAAAUAUAAGACAUACAUGUGCCGAGACAUGAAACAAAGAGGAGGAUGUCCCCGUGGGGCCAGCUGCACCUUUGCACAUUCACAGGAAGAACUAGAAAAAUUUCGUAAGAUGAACAAACGACUGGUUCCUCGGAGACCUCUGAGUGCCUCCUUAGGUCAACUGAAUGAAGUGGGCCUAUCGGCAGCAGCUAUUCUAUCAGAUGAAGGAGCUGUAGACUUGCCGAGCAGAAAACCCUCUGCCUUGCCAAAUGGGAUUGUUUCAACAGGCAGUACAGUGACUCAACUUAUCUCUCGUGGUACUGAUUCCAGCUACGAUUCGACCCUGAAACCUGGGAAAAUUGACCACCAUAGUAGCAGUGCCCCUGGAUCACCUCCUGAAUUGCUGGAACCUGCUCCUGAGAAUUCUCUAUCUGCCUUACCAGUCAACUCUCACCCAGCACCGCCGCGUGGUCCUGCAGACCUGCCCCCAAUAUCAGUUGGCAAGCAACUUCAGAUGGUGCCCCGUGUCUCUCAGAUGUAUCCAGCUCAGCAAACAGAUAUGUUUUAUGCAGGUGCACGAGGAGCAGCUCCCCCAUUUGAACCACCUCCUUAUCAACCAGGUGUAUAUUAUCCUGCAGCUCAGUCUUCACAGUGCAUGUCCCGAUUUGUUCGGCCGCCACCAUCUGUUCCUGAACCAGGUCCUCCUUAUUUAGAACAUUAUUCACCAUACCUCCAAGAUCGCAUGGUGAAUUACAAUGCACAGCCACAGCAAUACCCUCCUAUGGGACAGCCAGUGUACCCUCCCCAUUAUGACAGCCGGCGCGUAUAUCCCCCUGCCCAGCCAUACCAGCGAGAAGAAAUUAUCCGAGGAAGUCCUGUACCCAUUGAAAUUCCUCCGCCUGCUGUAUCGCCAUAUGUACCUGAAGCAAGAGACAGAUAUCCACAAGUAGAGGGCUACUAUCCAGUCAGUCAGCAUCUGAAUCAGAUCAGACCUUCAUAUCACAGAGAGCCUUAUAUCCGGCCUCCUCUUCAGCCACAUCCCAGCCUAGAUGAAUUGCACCGGCGACGAAAGGAGAUCAUGGCCCAGUUAGAAGAAAGGAAAGUCAUUUCCCCUCCUCCUUUUGCACCAUCACCAACUCUGCCUCCCACUUUACACAGUGAUGAGUACAUGGAAGAAGAUUUGAAGGUAGCUGGCAAAUACAAAGGAAAUGAUUACAGCCAGUACUCCCCCUGGUCGUGUGACACCAUUGGCUCCUACAUUGGAACCAAAGAUGCAAAACCCAAAGACAUUGUGGCAGUGGGACUUGUGGAGAUGGUGAAUUUAGAUAGUAAAGGGAUGCGAGACCAGAGGCUGGACUUGCAAAGGAGAGCAGCAGAAACGGGUGAUGAUGAUCUUAUUCCAUUUGGGGAUCGUCCUACUGUUUCAAGGUUUGGUGCCAUCUCACGUACAUCAAAAGCAAUGUACCAGAACCCCGGUCCCAUGCAAGCCAUGACAGUUCAAGGGGCUUCUACAAAACCAGUUAAUAUUUCAGAUUACAGCCCUUAUGGAACACACAAUACAUGGGGAGGGGCGCCAUAUUCACCCCAUCAAAACAUACCUUCUCAGGGACGUCUUAGUGAAAGAGAGAGGUUAUCUGUGACAGAGGUCGCUGGCCACGGGAAGGCUUUGCCCUCAUCUGAAAGGGAACAGCAACUUCGACUUGAACUGCAGCAAUUAAAUCAUCAGAUUAGCCAGCAGACAAGAGGACUGGAGGGUGUUAGUAACAGGCUGCUGUUGCAGAGAGAGGCGAAUGCCUUGGCAGGCCAACCACAGCCCCCGCCUCCUAAAUGGCCUGGAAUGAUCUCAAGUGAACAGCUGAGCUUGGAGCUUCAUCAGGUGGAGAGGGAAAUCGGGAAGAGAACUCGAGAGCUGAGCAUGGAGAGCCAGUCUUCACUGGAUAUCAAAAGCAAAGUGGGUUCCAGUAAGCAGUCAGAAAAUGGACAACAAAGCAAGGUCCAAGCUGAAGACCUUGGAGGGACAUUCAGCAGUGAUGUUCCAAAUGGAUCGGCUUCGAACCAGGAAAAUAUUGGCCUUCUUAUGAACAAAACUACAGCUCUGAGCUUGUCGGAGGAUACUGAAGAGGGAGGAGAUGACCAGGAUGCGCAAAGGACUGGAGCCAUGUCUGCUUCUGCUCCCUAAAGGAACAUGAUUUGUCCCUCUGCUUCUGUCAGGGGUUACAGUGUCCUUUACUUGGGAUAAUGGGAGGCAGUGGGCAAGGACUGCAACAACAGCAGGUCCUGAGACAAUGUGCACACCAUCACUACUAGAAACAAACCCUGCACAUAGUUCACAUUAACACAUUUUUUAAUUAAAAAAUGAAAAUUAGCAGUAUCUGCAAGCAACUCAGAUUAAAUUUGUUUUUGUUCUGUGAAUGAACUUUAUUUUAAUAACUUUGGAUGCCUUGUAUGCCAGGGCUUUAAAAAACAAUAUAUAUAUAUAUAUAUGUAUGUGUAUGUAUGUAUAUAUAUAUAUAUAUAUAGACACACAGACACUCUGUUUGUUUGAUUAAUUGUAUGAUCUUAAUGAGGUAGAUUUCUCUUUUAUUUUGGUAUUAUUACAUACCCAGUGUAUAAUUCCUUCUAGGCUUCUUUCCUUUUCCCUUCAAAACAACCUCACUCACUACUGCUUUGGGUGAGUUUCAAAUGAAAAUAGGAAAUGUUAUAUGGGGUAGGAAGCUCCAAAUUUCCUGUUCCUGUAGAGUUUUGGAAAGUAACUCUCCUCAUAGAUGCUAGAUCCUGCCAUUAUCGAUAAUAUUUUUAAAGCUUUGAAAUUUUGUGAAGUGUUUUACAUGACUUUCGCAAUAGCAAACAUCAUAGAAUACACACACAAAACAACCUUCAGAGUUAAAAUGUUUUAACCUGUUUCUGAAGAAGGUGGCAUUGCUUAGCAGUUCAUUUGAUAUAAAAUAAAAUGUAUUGAUCUUACCGCUUUUGAAAGGCAGCGCAUGUAUACUAGCUGCAUCGAUGGGUAGAUAAAAAACGGUCACCAUUUAAGUAGGAUAUUUUUUUAAAAUCUGGAAAUAAGAGUAGGGUGAAUUUAGAUGGCAUAAAGAUGUGGGGAUUAGGAUGGGAAAUGAAGGUCACUUUCCCUGUUUCUUCAUUAUAUCCAAAGCAGAGCUUCUGCAUUACUUGGUGUAUCAUGAAGGUGGUAAUUGAAUGAUACUAUAAUGUUAGGAAGGUUUGGCAUCAGCAUAUGUCGAGAACUGCUACAGUUUGAUUUUGGAUAUGAUUGAAAAAUGUGGAAAUGAGAAAUGCAGGCACCUUCUACUUUGCAUUCCCUCUUCCAAUCUAGAUUGUAUCCAAACCUGCUCUUUAAUAUCAUUGGUCUAUCUUGAGGGGAACGCACUGCCAAAUUCAGUGUCUGACAGUCCGAGCCUCCUCUGGAUAAGAGAGACAGUUGGCCUCCAAGAAAAUAAAACUCCUUGUUGUGUUUACUUUCACUAAUUCUGUCUUAAAAACAACACUCUUCAGGAUUUGCAUAUGAUGGAAACUCUUCUCACUUCUGUAGAUUCCAUUGCUCUUCUUCAGAUGCCAUUGUUACAGGCAUUUUGGCUUCCUUCUUCUUCAUUCUCCUGCCUUUACAUGGGCUGAGAUAAACUGAGUGGAAAUCCUAUUUAAAGCUCUUGUGCAUCUUUUAGACUUGUUUCUCCAUGUAAAUUGUGCUAUUAAACCUUGGGAAACACUGGCUAUGUAAUAAGUUGAAGCAUUGCUUUGGUUGGGUAAAAGCCGAAGACUAUUAAUCUUGUUUAAGAUUAUUUUUCUUCCUUUAAGGUCCCUUAAGGUAAAACCAUCUGUCAGCUGUUUUGCAUUGAUAUGAUAAAAUAAAAUGGGAGAGAGUACAGCCCCCUGUUGCCUACCAGUAGGAGAUUCCAGGCAGAAAUCUCUUCUGAGUAGUGAUUAUUUAUAUUGCUUAGUCAAGGCACCACAUUUAUAUACUGUUUCACAUUGAAUUUGAUUCUGUCCUAUGGAGCUCAGUGACUAGAAAUCUUACACACAAAUUGGCUUGCAAUUUGAGCAUUUGGGUUUUUUUAUUUAAAUAAACAAAUAAGUAAAUAUUUGUAUAUAUAUUCACACAUAUAUAUGUUGUUAUAUCUGUAUAUACACACAUAUAUAUAGGGAAUGUUUUAAAAAUGUUACAUGAAAGCAACUGUUAUGAAGAAUCUGGAAGGUAGAGGCAUUAGAAAGAACUUUCAAAUGGCUUUUGAACUCUCAUCUCUUUCCUUUUUCUUCAGCUAUGCUCUCUGUGUCAUAUAUCAGAAAUAUUUUCCUUCAUUCCCAUCACUUCUAUAUCCUUCCACUAAUAUUUGAUAGCAUAAUUUUCCCUUAAAUUAGAUUGAGAAUGUUCAUCACAACUUUCUGCUUUGUGAGGCAGACUGAGAAUAGUAUGCAAUGUAGUAACUAGUUUGACUAACUUUCUUUGUAAAAGUUCUUGUCCAUUUCCUUUCUCACAAUGCAGCACGUUUUCCAUGAACCAAGUACAUUAUUCUUAAUAUGAAGCACCUAAUCCAGAACAUAGUUGUCUUGCCUUUGUUUAGAAAAUAAAAGUCUGGUUCAUAUACAUUAGAAGGGAGAUGUUUUUUCAGUUCUGAUUAGUCUUUACUGACUAAGGGGAGAGGGAAUAUACAUUUUCAUUGAAAUUUAUAUAGAUGUAUAUAAUAACUGUAAAGCAGAACCAUAUUGGUUAGCCUUACCGACAUGUAUUCACUAGACCAUUUCUAAUAUGCAUAUACCUGUACAGAUUCUGCAUUGUAUGGACACUUGUGUGGUCGUGGACAUCACAAGAAACAACCUUUCUGCACAUGCCUGAACUCCCUGCUGUACAUUCAUUCAUUGUAACACAUGGAGGAAUGUGUAGAAUGUGUGAAAAUUUUAUUAUUGACACAGAUAGUGACUUUCUUCCUAUAAACCUAGAUGUUUGCAAGAAUGUGAGCUUGCAAAGGAGGCUUUUUAAUAUUUUUCCCACUGCCUUCCUGUAGUUGUACUUUCUGUGCGGUGUUCUAUCUAGUUGAAUGUCCUGUUUACACAAGCAGAUAGUUUUGUUUAACCUCUGUCAACCCCAUUGAUACUGGCUUAGUUUCCUGUUUUCCCUCUCCCUUUUCAGUAUAAAUUUUAAAGGUGAAUACAUGGAAUUAGAGGGAGGUUAGGUGAAAUUAUAUUUCACAUGAGAAAAUCUAUAUUAGUCUAAUUCUCACCUGGCGUUUUUAUAAACUUUUUCUUGUGUUUGUACAUUGAGAUUAUGCAGUACCAUUUAGUAUGUAGGCAAGAUAGAAAUACUUCCUUCCAAGUAAGUAAGCAAAUUGAGGAAAUACUGAGAAACUUCUGCUAUGCAAUAACUGAGUGGCUUCCUAAAAUCAGUCUUCAGAAUCUUUGAAAUUAGAAGUAUAUAAGCUUCAGAACUAUAAAGAUAUGCUGCUGAUCCCACUGCAUCAAAACAAUUCUUCCGUUGUACAUGAUUUCUAUCCAGUGGUAGAAAUCAGGCCCAUAAGACCUUUAACUAACGAAUCCAUAUCUGGGACUCUACAUUUUCUUUGUCUUGACAUCAGCUUCAAAUCCUAUACUUUUGGUCACUGAAUAGAUCUGAAAAUCUUUGCCUUCCAUCAGCAAGGAAGGAUUGAAACAAAUACAUGUGCAUGUCUAUGCCAUGAUCAUAGGUAAACACUUAACCGACUUUUGUUUUUGUAUUUGAGCUUAGGUUUAAUUAGAAUUAGACUCAUGGUUAUGACUAGUUAACCAUUCUAAGAUUUAACACGUCCUUUCCACUGUAAUGUUUGUGAUUUUUUACACUCCUUAUUACCUUUAAACACAGUUAGAAUGCAUAUUAACUGAAUGAAAUGUUGUCUUCAUUCUUAGCUACUAAUAUAUCAUAAAGUAAGUUUUGUAAUGUGUGCUUGUUGAAGCAUUGAUGAUUUAAUGUCAAGCAUGUUUUCAUUACAGGUAAAUUUAUAAGAAAUUAACUUACAACACAGAUUUUGGAAUAACAUUAAAGCAGUGACUUUGUGUAUGCAGAAAUGUAAUUCCUGCUUUUCAGGCACAUUUAUGAAAAGAUGUUCUCUGUUCCUUUGAAAACAAAUGUAUUGUUGGUAAAAAUCAACAUACCUUUCUGUUCUUAGCCUUUAAUAUCCACUUAAAUGGUUUAGGACAUGGAGGACUUGCAGUUUCCAUUCCAACUUUGUUCCUUUGAAAACAAAUGUAUCAUUGGUAGGAACAAACGUAUCUUUUUGUUCUUGGCUUCUCACAUCCACUUAGAUGGUUUAGGACAUGGAGGACUUGCAGUCUCCAAUCUUACUUUGUUCCUUUGAAAAUAAAUGUAUCAUUUGUAGGAACAAACACACCUUUUUGUUCUUGGCCUCUCACAUCCACUUAGAUGGUUUCGGACAUGGAGGACUUGCAGUAUCCAUUCUAACUUUGCUAUUCUUGUUUUUUCACUUAUCCUCUUCAGACAUGCCCUGUCAUCCUCUCUGAUCAUGCACCUAUUGACAGCUUGCUGCCUCAAAAUAAAGCGUUCAGAUGAAUUUGCUUAGCCAAUAACUUCUAUGAAGUUGCCUUUUCUAACGGUGUUAUUACUCAGUGAUGCACAAUUGUGGUAUUGCCCCUACUGGUAGGCAAAUGAGGGGGUCUGUAUAAAUGUGGAAAAUAUCCCUUUUUUCCUUCAAGGAGAGCCAAAGACUUGUACUUCAUUCAUGAUUUGUUUUGGUUUUUGUUUUCCUUUCCUGCAAUCUACUUUACUGCUGUAACCAGACUGAAUGGAAAAUCUUGUGAUAUUUUAUUUUCAGCUCUUAAGAGUGGUAGAACAAUGUAAAAGCUUAUGACUGUCAAACCAUAGAAACUUAUGUUUGAUGAUGGUGAAUUAUAUAAGCACAUUUCAGAAAUGAUGUGUUUAAGCAUCAGUAUGCUUGCAGCCAUUUAAUCUAAUUCCUUUAUUCCUUUUACAAAAAUUCUUGAACAUCCUAUCGGAGAAAGGGCUUAUUUUUUAAAAGUUCCUGUUUAAUUCCAUUACCCCUGCUUGAAAUUUUCUAGUCAAAGUAAUUAUAGGAAUUUGUUUUUUAAAAGAAACUGAAACAAGAUUUAAAAAUAGAAGUAGCAUCAAAUGGAAUGAGAUUAACAGAAAUAAUUGCAUAAAAACACAAACCGCAUGCUAAUUUUCCCAGACAGAUUUGAGGUGUUUAGCUGCAGAGGAAGUAUGUUGAGUUUUAUCCUGGAAAUGUGACAUCUUCUACCCAUUUGUCUGAAGCAUUACAGCAGCCCAUUCAGUUAGACACUCCUCAGUGCGUUCACCAUAAAGUCAACCGUAUGUAAGUGAAAAGCAUCAUAUUUAUGGUUUUGCUAAUUUUGGAAGUAUGGGGUGUUUUAAAAAUAAGCAGCCCCAAAGAGUUAUCAUUCUCAAUGUUAUCAGUUACUUGCAUUGUGGUCUCUAUAGGUUUAUGUAGUUUAUAUACCUUUUUCCAUAUCCUGAGAUAGCCUUGCCCAGUUUUAAUCUGCCUGUUGUUUUAACCUGAUGCAUCCAUGCCCUGCAUACCAUUGUAAGCAGGAUUCCUAAUUUUAUACCUGGGAUGUAAAUGAGUAAAUAACUAUGGGAAGAGUGGGGUGGGAGUUUUAUGUAUUCUCUCACUUUUUCUCAGAAAAAAACUAAUGGUGGCAAGCAAAAGCUCCAGAUUGUGACCUGACAAACCUACCCAGAUCAAAUACCUAGAUAUUUGUUGGUUUAUUUUGAUUUACUAAGUCAAAGAUUAAUAAUAUUAAUUAGCCUUAGUAGCAUUGGGGUGAUUGUUGACAGCAGUUAUAUUAUGCAUCCAAUCUCCAUAUUGAUUUGUUCCAGAAAGGACUCCAGUGAGCAUAUUUGGGUAAUACUGGUAAUGCAUGGUUUAAUGUUAAAAGUGUGAGCCACAUCAGUAAUGAAGUCGAUAUGCUUCCCUCUCAAGGCAGCCAUGAAAGUGGUAGUUUUUAUUUCAGUUUCAUACUAGAUGCAGCGUGUUGUGUUUACAGAACACGGCAGAACCCUGAUUAAUCUGUGAUUAGUUGAAACAAGCUAACUUCAAAUUGUAGUUUUAUUAUACUGGCUUCUUUGAACAAAUUGUAGGUUGAGAUGAACCACACUUUCAUAUUUGGAAAUUGUAGCAAGUCCAUCAUUUGUAAGACAUGAAUCGCAGCUAACUGAAUUUUUUAGAGGGAGCAGAAUGAGAUUUAUUUUUGGUCAUUGAAUGGGAACCCAGAAAGCUCUCUAAAAUUCACCAUCAGCCCGGUUUGAGGACUGACCUGGUUUUGUUUGGAAUUCAAUUUGAACACGCAACAGCAACUAAAGUCUUUGUUUUCCAGGAUAACUUGAGUACUUAUCAACUAAAUGAUAAAAACUGAGAUGCAACAAGAAUUUAUCCCUAUUUGCUUAAUCAUCCUAGAGAUGAUUCUGUACUUACUAGAAGGGCCAUAUUGGCGAGGUGCAAAGUUACACUGAAGCGAGAAAUACCCCUUUCCCUUACUACUGCAAUGAGGUUUCUGUGAUGUUAUGUUAGAUAUGGCAAUGGACUCUUGCUGUUUUAAUGUUAUGGCUGAAAUAAUUGCACUUUUUAUUUCUUUUUGAGAUUUUGAGAGGCAGUGAUCAUUCCCAGUUUUCAUAGUGAUGAUAUCUUAAGAUUUUAGUAAUAGCAUCAGUUACUAAUUGAUGGUUGGAUAGCUUCUGUUCUGAUGAUUAAUACAAGUUUUCUGUGUUUAAAUAACCUGCAUAUGUAUGGCUGCUUUUUUCCACAAACAAAAAUGAUCUAAUUUUAGGUAAAAAAUAUUACAAGUUUGGGUUUUUUCCAAAAGAAAAAAAGUAAUUCUGAAAAUUAAAGUAUUAGACAUGCUGAUGUUACAUGUAUACAUAUCUUUUAUAAAAACAAAAUCCUGUGGAGUAUUUGGUGUUUGCUAUAAACAAAAUUUGUUUGCUUUUGUAUAUGUUAAAGUGAUGUUCGGCACAACUGUAAAUGGGAAUGUCUUCCACUCAGUUCCCACUAACUGUGUGGGAUGCGUGCAAGAAGACCUUCUCUGUGCCCUCUUGUUGUUAAUGUUAGUUUGUUGUGGCAGACAAUACUCACAAGUCUUUGGCAUCCAAAACCAGAUUGUGUAACUGGAUCAGAAUCCCACAACUGGAUUUACAUAGGAGCUCUUACCAAGUAUAGCAUUAGGUAAGACAGCCAGGGAUGGAGAGCAUGAUUUACUAGUAAUGCAAACUAUGUUGCCUGCUGUCUUUACAGCAUUCUGUUUCAAGCUCUAUACACAACCCAUAAAGGGAUUCUCUGCUGCCUAUUGUGAGUUUACAAUUGCCUUGCAGUCUCUGCUUGCUAUGUAAGCAGCCUCUUUGCUAACCAUGUACCCUUUUCCUUGAAGGCAACCUUAUCAACAGCAUGGUGGCAUUUUUAUUACUUUUCAAAGACUAGCAGUCGGUAAUCCAGAUUUUGCUCUUUGUUUUUUGAUCAUCAAGCCUUCCCCACUCUUCUUUCAAGAGUCCCCUGGCCAUUUCCAGUUGUGGGAUUUCUUUAUAUGUGUGUGCAUUCUUUAUGGUUCUGUGUGUGAGAGGGGAGGGGGGAUUAAGCCAAGUUUCCUUUGGUCUUUUUAGGAUUGUACCAGUCUCCCAGAGACAUUCUUAAGUCAUUAUCACCUUUUUGGGUGGAAUUCAUUUUUUUAAUAACUUUUUUGACAUUUCGGUGCAUAUAUGCUUGGGAUAAAGCUCAUGUAAUUUACCAAUCGUAUUGAUUGUAUGUGAUUGUGCCCUGCAGAGGUAUAUUUAACAAAAAAUAAAAUUAAAAAAAAACA